GGGAUUGAGGGCCGAAAGCCACAGCGGUGCACCCACGGUGCGAGCAAAUGGAUGCCGAUGCGAUGGAUCGGUCGGACAGCGCUCCUCCCGCGCCUGCGGCGGACGCCGCUCGUGGCUCGCCGCGGGAUCAGAACAGUCGCCGAGCUGCUGCGUGUCUCGUGUGCCGCCGAUCCAAGAUCAAGUGCGAGAAGGGCCGCGCCCAGAACGACGACCGCUGCCACCGCUGCCUCCAAUUGGGCGUGCAGUGCGUGCGUCCCGACUUCCACGUCGGCCGCCGCAAGGGCGUCAAAAACAAGCGCACGGGGCUAGAGAAGGCGUUGCAUCAGGUGGAGCAGGCUCUGCGUCGCACCGCAUCUGGCGUCGAGGCGGCCAAGAUUGUCUCGGAGCUCAAAUCCCUUCUCGGUCCGGGACCCCACGGAGCACUGCCGGCCGCCAACCAUGACCCAUCCGGAACCGGCACCGGCACCGGCACCGGCACCGGGACCGCCCAGCCACGCCGGCCUUCGAAGCAAAGCGACAUCCUCCUGCCCGAUGCCUCCUCGGAUGCCGGCGAGAGCUCAACCUCGGAACAGGACGCCAUCAGCAUCCCGCAGGACUCGACGCCUUCCCAGGGACAUGUUGUCGAGGAGAGCUUGGCCGUCGACGAUGCCGAGAACCCCCUGCAGCUGCUCGCCCGAGCGUCCGAUUUGCAUGUCUCACCCAAGUCAAACGGCCACGUGGCUGCGGAAGCUAUGUCUCACCAACACAGCCGUCAGAGCAGACAGAGCGAGAAGAUAUCCGAGGUAGAAAAGUUCUUUAAACUCACCCAGUUCACCCUCGACACGGGCCCCGAUCUAGAUCCCAUCAAUCUCGGCCUUCUGACGCUCGAAGAGGCCGAAACCUUAUUCAGUUUCUUCCACCACAACCUGGCCCACACCCGCUGGGGCCUCGACCCGGCCCUCUACACAGCCUCUUUCACCCGCUCCCGCUCCGCUUUCCUCUUCACCUCCAUCGCCGCCGCCGCGGCACUCUUCAUGCCCACCGCCUCAGCUCUCUCGCGCCGCCUGUCGAACCACUGCAAGACACUCGUGAAUCGCAUCAUCCUCGACCGCUACCGCUCCGUCGAGAUCGUCCUUGCCUUCAUGGUCAACGUACCCUGGAUGUUUCCGGGCAACCACAGCACGGACGACGAAACCUGCUGGUACGUGUCCAUGGCCACCACCAUGGCCCUGGAUCUAUCGUUGCACAAGAUCUUGGUGCCCAUUUCUUCGCUCAGGGAAGGCCCCGGCGGCCGCGGCGGCAGCUUUGGGGGCAUUGCGCGGGCGGAUUGUAUCGAUCCCAAGGUGGCGCUGGCGCUGGAUGGAUUUGGCGAUGUCGAGCCAACUUCGGAGUUUGGGUUGAGAUUGCUCAGGAGACGGGAGAGGUGCUGGAUUGCCUUGUUUGUAUUGGAGCGUGGGAUGUGCUUAGCGAGAGGGCGCUCUUACACUGUGCCUAUCACUCCUAUCCUCCGGGGGUGCGACCAGUGGCACCUCUCGAAUAUUGCCGACAGCAUGGACGGUCAUUUGGUGUCCAUGGCCGUUCUGCGAAGGGAUCUUGAUGAGCUGUUCGCCUCCAUCAGAUCCCUCUGCGAUGAGUCCAGAGACGGCAGGAUAGACGGUUCCAUGGCCGCUCGGUCGAUACAAAUGAUUGUGGAAAAGUUCUUUGACGAAUGGCAUGCCAAAUGGGGCAUUUCCAUCGGCAGUGGCCCCCAGCAUCGGCUGCCGCCCUACGUCCAGAUCCUGGUCACGCACACACGCCUAUCCAUCUACAGCACAGUCAUCAACCACCCGACGGCCCCUACCGAAGUGCGCCACUUCUUCCGUGCCGCUGGCUUGUCAUCGGCGCUAAACGUCAUGCGAGCGGCAAUCCAAGGUGAAGGCCAGCUCUCAAGCAUGCCCAACAACACUGCAAUCAUGAUUUCGUUUGCGGCCUGCUUUGCUUUGCGACUGAGCGGCCAGUUCGCCGGCCACUCGAACCUAGCACCCAGCGUACGCACGUUGAUCGAAGAAACCGCGGAGGUGCUGGAGCGCGUCGGCUCGACCACGGAGCAUCGCAACGGUAUGUCGACAUUAUACGGCAAAUACCUCAAGUACAUCGUCAAGAAGGUUGCGGCAUCUGCACCAUCGACGGCCGAGAACGCCCCACAACCGCGUGGUAUCGCCAAAACCGAGCUGCUCUCACAACACCAUCCCGCGGCCGCUUAUCCACGGGGUCACCACACUCGCACCAGCUUCGGCGUGGCAGAUGCCAUCCACCCCAGUCCACCAGUCUCGGGCUUCAUGGAACAGCCGCUUUGGUCGGAGCCGAUCCAGUUCUCGUCCAUGUCGGACGACCAGAUUGUCGAGGCACUCAGCCGGGUCAACAACGAGUUUGAUCCGGCGCUGAGCAUGUAUCCUUGGGACGAUGCUGCCGCUCUGGAUUGGCUCAAUUGGUCUAACCUCCCUGACUUUGGGACUUAAGCACGGAACUCAAUCUCAAGCUGUCGCGCGGGCUGCUGAUGAGGCGGUCAAAUUCACAAGUUCCUGCAGCUUCUCCAUGAAGACGAAUGUCAGAACGGUGUGCGGUCUGUCGCCAGUCAGCGGGGAGCUUUCCUUGAAGAAGAAGUUCUCAGGCCACUUACGUCAGCCGCAACCAAGCCGGCGUCCAGCCUUUCAUGAGAAACUUAGGCCCUUCGACUCUCAGUCCUUCGCCGAUGACCUGCAUUACCUGGGGGCCAGUCAGACGUCCACUAGCCCACGCUCUGUUACGGGAUGAAGAGACGUACGCUCGAACCCUUGGCGGCGCUCUGUAUUCUGCUCUUGAGCACGUCAGCCGGCGCGCAGACCGUUGUGGCCACCGUUCCGGCAAAAAGCGACGCGAGCGCGUGCGUGCGGAUGUCGUCCUGGAGCUGGGUGCGCGAGAGGAUGGCUCGUUUCGCAGCAGCAUAUCUAAUGUUGUAUGUCAGUUCUUG